UAAUGAAAGAGGUGAAGCAGAGAAGCCGUUCAAGACCUGCACGUUAAGGCAUCAUUGGAGGGGCCUUCGGAGAAAUGGGGGUACGGAUGAUGGGUUGGCAGAGGGGCCCUCCAUGGCCACGCCGGCCUCCCCGGGCAGCCACCACACACCCAUGCGGUGGCAGCCUGGGUAGGGCGGUGCGGCCGCCAUCGCCGGCUCAGUGCAGUCCCGCCUCCCGCUCGCAGAGGCCGGGUUGGCGGCGGGGAUGGCGGCAGCACGGGGUCGGGUGCUGUGCCUCUUCGACGUGGAUGGGACCCUGACGCCGGCUCGGCAGAAAAUCGAGCCGGAGGUGGACGCAUUCCUGCGGGAGCUGCGGGAGAGGGUGCACAUCGGUGUGGUGGGAGGCUCUGACUACGCCAAGAUAGCCGAGCAGCUGGGAGAUGGGGACGAAGAGAAUGGCACAGUGCAAUACAAGAAUGGGCAGCUGGUCUCCAAGCAGGCCAUCCAGGACCACUUGGGGGAAGAGCUGCUGCAAGAUCUGAUCAACUUCUGUCUCAACUACAUGGCGCUGCUGAAGCUGCCCAAGAAACGAGGAACCUUCAUUGAGUUUCGCAAUGGGAUGCUGAACAUCUCCCCCAUCGGACGGAGCUGCACGCCAGAGGAGAGAAUCGAGUUCUCCGAGCUGGACAAGAAAGAGCGGAUCCGGGAGAAGUUUGUGGCAGCCUUGCAGAGGGAGUUUGCUGGCAAAGGUCUGCGUUUCUCUCGAGGUGGCAUGAUCAGCUUUGACGUCUUCCCAGAGGGCUGGGACAAGCGCUACUGUCUCAAUGUGCUUGACGACGAGAGAUUUGACACCAUCCACUUCUUUGGGAAUGAGACGACCCCUGGAGGGAACGAUUACGAAAUUUAUGACGAUCCCCGCACUGUGGGACACAGUGUCCAGUCCCCUCAGGAUACGGUCCAGCGAUGCCGUGAAAUCUUCUUUCCAGAGAGAGCAAAUGAAUGCUGACUGCCAGGUUACUGCAGCCCUGCCCUGGCCCCACCCUCUCCUCCUGCCAGGAAAAGCACCUUCAUUUGAGGAAUCUGCUCAGGGUAGACCAAAAAAACCCACUUUCCAGAGCUGGUUGAAAGGUAACAUGUGAGUAUGGGUGGUUGUGCAGGAGGGGGCCUUCGCUGAGCAGCCCAUCAGCACUCCCCAUCUACGGCUGGGGCUCAUGGGACCAGACCCUCCUCACCUCCAGCAAAACUUCUCUCUUGACAGUCCUGACCGUGGUAGGUGAUGAUGCAGAUGCUUUCAUGGUCAGAAAGUAUUUGAAAGGGCCAGUCACAAGAGUGUGUUUGUGUCCAUCCCGUGCUCCCUCUCCUCUUCUUUUUCAGUCUGUUUCUCUUAACACCUCUGCACAAGGGAACACGCAUCUCACCUUUCUCUCCCCCUUGCACCUUGACUGGGGAGGAUGGGACUGCUGAGGCCCCAGGCACUCUCACCAGAGCUGCUCCAAAGCAAGAGGCCAGGAAAGUUGUCUGCUCCAAGCCCAUGAUAGGAAGGGGUAGCUGCAACCCUGGCUCAUUGCAACCUUGUGCACCUUAAUGGAGAGGAUCACCAUGUCCUUCACCUUGGUGCCACGCCGUGCUAGUCCCUACAGGUGACCUGGGAAUUACAGUUUUACAAUUAUUCUGCUCCUGCUCUGAGCUUUGCUCAGGUGCAUGAAGAAACUAAUUCUCUCUUUAGCUUACAGAAGAAAUGGCUACUGUGGGUUUAUUUUCCAUGUUCCACAGAAGUUGUCGAGUCAGACCUUGCCUGGCAUGGCUGGAGGAUCCCAGGUGCCUGGCAUGCACAGAGCACCCUGCAGAGCUGCUGGGGGCAGAAGGCUUCCCAACAGUCUUCCCACCCACAUGUCCAUUAGGCAUCACACAUGUGCCAGUGUAAAACCUUACCCAGGGCUUUCAUAACAGACCGAGUCCGCUUCCUUCCCAGCACCCAGCUUUCCAUCAUGCUGCCAGAGACUUUUUCAGAGAGGGCCUACAGAGGCCAGACCUUGUUUCUAGUGCCAAUGGAGGUACGCAUUCAACAGUGCCCUCCAAGAUUGCUUUUCCACCCCAUCUUGUCCUCUACACUUGGUUUAUGUGGUCACCUUUAGGGACACAAGUUCUCCAGUGCAGCUGUCACAUGUCAUCCUGCUUCUCUCUUCUCCUGGGUCUUUAUGGGCUGCAAAACCACAUCUUUCCUUUGGCCUUUGACCUCCUCCCUCAGUGUUGCCCCUUUAUUCCUGGCUGUUAUGCUGGGGUGUGUGACCGUACCAGUGAUGCUAGUCGCAACUUGGUGCUUAAGAGGAGCUCAGGAAUCCCCUCCAGGGAGAUGUCCUGCUUAUAGAUCCCCAGUGUGCACAUGUCUGGUGUUUGUGGACCUGGAGGGUGCUGGAGGUUGCUGCAAAAGCUCCCCACAUUGCUCCCUGGGAGCCUUUCUCAGCACAUCCCUGCUGGUAUGGCACUGCCCCAUCUCUUGGUCUUGCUUUCUCUCCUCUUUUCCCCCUGUUCCCACUUUCCUUGCUGUUGCUCUUCAUCUCUCACCUAGCAGCUGGACUGCAGAGAGAAGUUUCUCAGCUGGCUACUGCCACUUAACCAAGGAGUCAAGUUCCUCAGGCGGGAUAUGUUGGUGCUUUUAGACCCAGGGUAGGUGUCCCACAUUGCCAUGGGCAGAGUCCUGAGUGGACCUGGGCACUGCUGCCUGGCUGCAGGAGCACGGGUGCUGCAUGACCAGUGCUGGCAGGGUGCUGUCUCCUCCACCUGACUGUACCUCUUAUCUGUGCAACACAUCAGGUCUGUAAUGCAUCACAUUUGCAUGAGCGCAGUGGUCUGCCCAGCAUCCAGAAAUCCCCAGCAAAUGCACAAAUUCCUCUUUCUACCCUAAGAAAAUUUCUGUGUGGGAGAAGAGGACCUGUUGGGGAAGCCUGGAUGCAAGGUACUCUCUUUCACAGGCCACUGGUUUUGGCCCUCCACUGCAACCUUCACAGAGGAAUCAUUUGUUUUGUGGUUCCUCUUUCUGUUUCACUGUGGAUCAGGUUAUAUGUGGGUUUUGCGGGUUUAUUUUUCCCGUAAGUCUAUUCAAAGUCAGCAGGACCUCUAGAGAGCUUGGUCGUGGGCAAAAUGCAGGGCCUGGCCCUGAAGGCAUGAGGCACCAUGGUGGUCCUGGGGGCUGAGAUGCCUUGCAUAUUUGAAGGGAAGGGCAGGGUCUGUCCAAGGCUGCACCUGAUGGCAGCAUGGCCCUUGCUUAGGGUGGGGGGAGUUGCAGGACAAGCAGGGCAGAGGCAGGAUGACCUUCGAAGCACCAGCCAUCGCUUCCUCUGCUCAGGAGCUCGUGUGUGUGUGUGUGAGUAAGAUCAAGUGCAGGAACCUUCCCCAUUCCUGUCUCUAUCUUACACCAAGCUUGGGGUAGUUGAGAGCAUCUCCUGCCAGGAGAUCCUGUCCUGCUGGAAGGAUGAUGAGGAGGAUGGUGUCAGAAGUAGCUGGGACAGCCCCAGGUCUUAGAGCCACAGAGGGUUGAAGUUGAAGGGACCUCUGGAGGUCAUCUGGUCGACCCCCCUGCUCGAGCCAGCAAGACCCCCAGCUGCCUGUCCUGUGUUUUUGCAGGCAGGGUUGAGGCACAGCACUAGGGUAGGAGUCCUACAUGUAGGGAAUGGUGCACGCCUGUCCCUAACCCGCUUUUGCCAUGAUGCUUCUCUCCCAGUGGGUGCUCACAGCGUAAGUGGGGGUUUUAUCCCCACGUGUGUGAGAGUGAGUGGACCUGGCAGACCCUGCACUGGGGACCAUCAUGCCACAUGGCUCCAUAUCUGUGCAAGUUGGGUGGGUCCUGUCUGACUGAUACCAACUGUUAAAUAAGAAAUAUAUUUAAAUACAUAUAUAUAUAUGUAUAUUUAAAAAAUAAUUAUAUAAUAUUAAAUCUACAACAUGCA